AUGUUUCCACCAGCCCUUCGCGUAGCCUCCCGAAUAUGCACCAGCGUCCUUCCAUCAACACUUCCCCUCUCCCAGCAGCAGCGAACUCUCUACUUCUGCGGCCCCAAAUCCAACGACCACAACGGCUCGAAACCUGCGCCCGAGCACUACAUCGCAGGACCGCAUUCAUAUACAGAGCAAACAGGCGCGUCUAGUUCGAAUGCAGGGUACGACACUCCUACAAAAGAGGUUUCCAAGUCCGACGGCUUCACAGGAUCCCAAGACAUUGCGCAUCUCGAGAGUAUCUGGAAGCGAGGAGAUGUGAAGGUCACGGAGAAGACUGAUGUUGAGGGGAAACCUGUGCAAGAGGCGGUGGUGGGGGAUGUUGAGGUUGUUGUUCCGGUUUUGGAGGAGGGUGUUGGGGUGGCUAGGACGGCGGGGUGUGUACAGGGUAAAGACUCGGGGGAGGACAUGACAGAGGGAAGGAAUAAGUGA